UCUGCAGGAAGGUGUUGGGAGGGGACCUCUUUGGCGGAGGACUCCCCAAGCGGAAGUUGCUUUCCUUAGCGGAGCCGCUGGGAGGGAGGAGCCGUCCAGGGGAACGUGGGUUGAACGUUACUGGUGGAUGGUUUGGAGCUCAAGGUGGAACAGGAGGAGUUCGGGCCGAUUCUAUAUGAAGAAGGGGUGUUCUUCGGGCCGGGUUCAUUGAAAAAUCCUUAGUGCUAUUGACAUGUUCCAAGUGACAUAAAUUAGCCAAUGACUCGGAAUGAUGGAUUCUCUGAAGAUUGGAAAUGGUUUGCCACUGGUUGGACCAGGGACUGAUAUAGGGACAUCUUCACUUCCCGUGCGGGGGUGCUUGGGAAAAAACUAUGAUUCAGCUAAAGUUCCAACAGAUGGCCUUUGUCCUGCUUGUCGAGCAAAAGGCAAGCUAAACGCCUUAAAAACUUACCGAAUUAGCUUCCAAGAAUCUAUCUUUUUGUGUGAGGAUCUUCAGUGCAUUUAUCCUUUGGGCUCUGAAUCACUUAUUAAUCUAAUUUCUCCUGAUUUGGAAGCUUGUCACAUUUCAAAUAAGCCUCAAAAAAGAAAGAGAUUGGAAACCAGCUGUAAGAAUUCACCUGUCCCAGUACAGUCUAAAAGGACUAGAAGCCACGGUGUCAACUAUAAUGGAGAAGUGUGUGGUGGCACCUCAUCAAACGUACCAGUUAGCCCUGGGCACCAGAGUCCAGGCAGGACGGCUGCUCCUGUGGAGCCGAGGAAGACUGUGGAAGCUGAUGACAUGGACUCAGCUGCUGCUGAGAAUCCUGCUCCAGUCAGCGUCUCUGCCGUGCUUCCCCAGGAUGAAAGACGUGUGCUGGAGACACCAUCCCAGAGCAGGUGUUUGCCACCUUGCCAGACUGCCUGUGUGCAGUGGAGGAACACACAGGCGCUCUGCUGGCUAGACUGCAUCCUCUCCGUCCUGGUGCACUUGGAGGUGCUGAAGAACACCGUGGUGGAGGCCUGCUCCAGAGAGGAGUGCGUGUUUGCGAGGCUAUUGGAAGCGUACCAGCACGCAGAGAGGCUUCUGCACACCCAUCAGCGGCACGGCCUCACAGGUGAAGAUUGUAAAAAACUGACUUCAGAAAUAUUUACAGAGAUAGACACCUGUCUGAGUAAAGUGAGAGGUGAAAUUUUUACUAAACUUCAGCCCAUGCUUAGAUGUACAUUAGGCGAGAUGGAAAGUCCUGUGUACGCACUUCCCAAGCUGCUGAAGCUACAGCCUCUUGUUGAAAAGCUCUUUACAUAUUCCUUUUCUUGGAAUUUUAAAUGUUCCCAUUGUGGGCACCAGUAUCAAAACAGGUGCCACAAGAAUCUGGUCACCUUUACAAAUGUUGUUCCUGAGUGGCACCCGCUCAAUGCUGCCCAUUUUGGUCCAUGUAACAGCUGCAACAGUAAAUCACAAAUAAGAAAAAUGGUGUUGGAAAGGGCAUCGCCCAUAUUCAUGCUGCACUUUGUGGAAGGCUUACCGAGGAAGGAUUUGAGGCACUACGCAUUUCACUUUGAAGGUAGUCUUUAUCAAGUCACGUCUGUAGUCCAGUACCAAGCAAAUGACCAUUUUAUAACGUGGAUUUUAGAUGCUGACGGGAGUUGGCUGGAGUGUGAUGACUUAAAGGGUCCAUGUGCUAAAAGGCACAUGGCAUGUGGCGUGCCUGCAUCAGAGAUGCAUAUUGUUGUUUGGGAAAGGCGGUCUCAGGUGCCAGCUGCAGAAGCUUCCCGCCUUCCACGCACAAAGGCGGCUGUGCAGCCUGCGCCAGCUGAGGAGCUGCUGACUUCUCCCUCCACUUCACAGCCCACAGUUGCCCAGCCCACACAUAUGCCAGUCACUCCUCAGACUCUUCCAGAAGCCCAAGUUGGAGCUCAUCGACAGAGUGCACUUUCAGGAUCAAAAGACUCGGUGGAAAGCUUUUUACCCUCAGCACUGGAAGAGCCUGUCCAGGAAGCUGCCUCUGUUUUUCAGAUUGACUCCACAGACUGCCUGUUGGAAGACACACCUGUGACAGGAAGCUCAGGGCUCGUGAGAGCACCUGCCCUGCCACCACAGGCCUCCCUGGGGACUUCCUUACUGUCUAACUCCUGUGAAGGAGAGCCUGUCGCUCCGGGUGUGGAUUCAGGUUUCACAUCCCACACUGGGAGCGCAGACCUGCAGGGAGGAGGUGCUAUGGGUCCUAACCCUGGGACUGAUGCCCAGACUCCCAUUCCUACUCAGGAGCUCAAGUCCACAGCACCUGAGAAGGACACUCAGGUACAGUUGCUGCCAUGGAGAACUGAGACGUUAAACCCUGAGCAACCUGGGAAAUCUCAGGCAUCUCAUUUGAGAAAAAGAGAAACCACAGCCAGGUCAGCACAGAGUCAGCUCCCUAAAGACAGUCAGAAGAAAGCGUUCGUGGGCAGUUGGGUGAAAGGGCUAUUGAGCAGGGGUUGCAACACCUUUAUGCCGCCCUGCGUUUUAGCUCAGAGCAGAGCGGUAACUGACCUGCAGCCCUUGGUGAAAGGAGCCAAUAAUUUUGAUGGCUUUAAGACGAAAAGUGUAAACCGGAAAGCUAAGAGGAUGUCCCGGAAAGCUAAGCAUGUGGACAAGCCGUCUCCAAGCAGCGGCUCUCCACCGCCGGGUAGCACAGCUGCCCUGCCACAUGCUGGUGGGAGUACCUCACCAGCCCUGUUGACGGGGCAGGAAGGCUCUUGUGCAGCUCCCCCCAGCCUCAGUUCCCACAGCAGUGAAAGCGCCAUCUCUCCAGCAAGCCGUGGAGAUGCAGCUGCAGAUCAGGUCCAUAAGCUUCGGCUCAGACUUCUUAAAAAAUUAAAAGCAAAAAAGAAGAAACUAGCUGCCCUCAUGUCCUCCCCACACCAUGAAACACCCACAAGUGACCAUUCAGAGCCUGUGUCCCAUUGUGGCUCUCCAAAUGACUGCGAGUCCAUAGAAGACCUCCUAAAUGAGCUGCAGCAUCAAAUCGACCUCGCAGACGGCAAAGCCGGGUGUUCCUCUGCUCCUGGUGGCACCUCAUGUGGCAGCCAGAGUCACGAGGAGAUUUUAGCAGAGUUGCUGUCACCUACAGCCCUGGCAGAGCCCUCAGGAGGUGUGGAGUCUGAGCUGAGGUACUUGGAAAUGGGGGAUAGCGCCCCAUCACCAGGAUUCAGUGCUGCUCCCCAGAGCACAUGUCUGAGGCAGGACCAUACUUACUGCAGCCCCAGGAAGGGCCAGUGUGCCGCUGAGCUGUGCCCAGCCUCAAACAGUGCCUGUAUAGGAGCCUUGAACUUGGGGAGCCCCAUGAAGAGUGAUCUUUUUGAUGACUUUUUCCCCUCUUUGCCAGAUGACACAUUAGACAUACCUCAUUUCGAUGACUCUCUGUUUGAGAGUUGCUGAGCACGUGCAAGUGUUUUAGUUGAGUCCUGACCACUGCUGCUAGGAGGAUGUGACUUGUGGUGCAGUCGCUGCAGUGCACAGCCAUGUGCCCUGCCUUGGGGAAUCUGUAAGCUGCUGGGGUCUCCCUUUGGUUCUGCCUGUGAACAUGGGGUCUGCUGCAAAUUAAAGCCUCGGCCUUGUCUCUCCGUCUCAGUCUGUGAUUGUAGAAGAACAGCAGUUUGGGGCGAUGGCUCAGGUGGUAAAGCCCUCACUCUGCAAGCAUGGCGGCCUGACUCAGUUCCCAGAAGCAGGGUGAAGAGCCAGACAUGGCAGUG